AUGGACACCGGAUCUUCUGCCGGGGCUGGUGCGGGUCUCUCCGCUGCUGGCGGCGUGGGCGGCGCCAACCUUCCCAUCAAACGAGCGAAGAUCGACUUAAUAGACCGCCGCCUCGACGGCGUAGUCCGCCUCCUCGAGGACCUUAAACUCCAGUUCCCCCUCCAAGCACCAUCAGCAGCACCAUCAACAGCACCGUCGGUCGCGGGAUCAACCGCCACCCCCGGCGGAGGAGCAGGAGGUGGAGCAGGAGGAGUAUCAGGGGGCCCGCCGGCACCCAUCCAGCUCAAGACCGUGGCUUCAACAUCCAUGUCGACAACACCAGCCAGCACUUCCACGCAGCAGCAGCACACGACGGACCCCCUGGUCGAGGGCGAGUCCUCCAUGACGGCCCAGUCCAUCUUCGCCCACGACUUCCUCCGCAAGACCGUCGGCGACGGGUCCUCGGUGCUCGAGAUGCGCGAGACCCUCGACGCCCUGCACUCGCUCGUCGAGGCGCUCCGGCACCAGCCCGCGUCGCACGAGCUGACGUACCCGCAGGCGAAGCCCGUGGCCCGGCCGGCGUUUGGCGAGUGCGAGAUGCCGCCCGUGCAGUCCGCCGUCAACAUCAUCCGCGAAGCAAAGGCUCAAAAGACGCUGGGCCUCGAGUGGGUGACGACGUUCCUCCACCCGGACCACUUUACGGACCUGGUCCUCAAGGUCUACUUUGCACCGACAGAGUUCAACGAGGCCGAGUUCAUCAUCGUCAACGCCGGCCUCGAGAGCCUGUACAACGACAUGACGCAAUCCAAGACGGCGAGCGCGCAGCUCAGGGAGGAGUGCGCCAAGAUGGGCACCCUCUGCCGGGGGAACCUCCAGACCGCCCUCGCCAACCUGCCUCUGCACCUCCCGGCCACGAUGGACAUGAUUGUGGCCCUUUUGUUCGGUGCCUACCACGCAAUGGAAGUAGCAAAACCAAGCCUCGCCUGGACCCUCAACGUAGCCUCGGCCCAACUCUGCCAAACCCUAGGCUACCACCGCGCAUCAUCCUCCUCAUCUUCUUCCUCCUCGACAACAGGCACGGCAACAGGCCCAACCACCACGAACCCAGACGACGAGGAAUACAAAAUCUUCCUCUUCUGGUCCGUCUACUUCAUCGACAAGUCCCUCUCCCUCCGCCUCGGCCGCCCCUCGACCAUCCAGGACUACGACGUCACGGCCCCCUAUCCCUCGAGCGCCAGCAAGAUGCACGGCGCCCUCAUGAGCUACUUUUGCCUGUGGGUCAUUGUCUCGCGCAUCCAGGGGAAAACGUACGAGCAGCUGUACAGCCCCGAGGCGAUUGCGCAGCCGAGCGCCGUGCGGGAGGCGAGGGCGAGGGGUUUGGCGGCGGAGUUGAGGAGGGUUACGGACCGGACGCAGGAGACGCAUUCACAGUAUUUAAAGUCGGCCAUCGAGGCCGUGGGAGAGAACACGAUGGAGUUCUUCAACGUGUCGGAUGAGGUCCUGCGACUGUCCCUGCUGACCAUCAUCUACCGCGCCGUCCCCUCGCCCCCCGGGUCCGCGACGACGUUUGGGACGGAGUGCAUCAACGCCGCGAGGGCGACGCUGCAGCGGCACGAGGAUUGCAUGGCCAUCAUGGCGAAGGAUGCGUACUACCUGUUUCCCAUGUACAUGAACUGGACCAUCCUCUUCUCCCCCUUUGUCCCCUUCAUCGUAAUCUUCUGCCAGGUAAUCGAAACAAGCGACACCUCGGACCUCGCCCGCCUCCAGGGCUUCGUCGCCUCGAUCCAGGGCGCAAAAGAGUUCACCGAGGCGUCGGCACGGCUGUGCCGCCUCUUUCAGGUGCUUUAUAAUGUCGCGUUCCGGUACGUUGAGAUGCGGAGCCAGGGCAGUGGUGGCGGCGGCGGCGGCAGCAGCAGCGGGAACAACAACAACCACCAGCAGCAGCAGCAAUCGGAGGAGCAGGGCCAGGAGAUGGACAAGUACCUCACGGCGCUCGGGUUCCCGCCGGCAUCUGGGCAUCCGCAGCAGCAUGCACAGCAAUCGUCGGACGUGGGGUCGGAGCAGAUGUCCGGGAUGACGAGCGGCGGAGCAGAGGACGGGAUGAACGGUGCAGGGGCGGGAUCCGGGGCGCUGAACCAGAUGAUGUGGAUGGGGAACGCGGCGCAGCUGGAGGACUGGUUUUAUAGUAAUCAGCAGAUGAUGGGGCUUGUUGAGGACGAUGAUUCGUUUUUGCAGUGA